CAUAACAACUGCUGGCAGCAGGGAGAGAGACAGCAGGGAGCAGGCAGGGCACGGACAGCUAUUACAUACCUGGCUUUGCAGAGUACCCGUCACCGCUUCGCCCACAGCUUUCUGUCAGAAUAUACACUUUUUCCUGCGACUUGCACGCAGCUCAAGGCGCAUGCUCAGAGUAACCGACGGCGCAUUUGUUUUAUUCAGGAACUCAGAGAGACUGAACGGUUAGAAAGAUGACCACUUCAUGGAGUGACAGACUGCAGAACUAUGCAGACUUGCCUGCCAACAUGGAUGGCCUUACAAUGAAAAAGUACAGGAGGGAGCCCUACCACAGAAUCUUUGUCAACAGAAGCUUGGCAAUGGAGAAGAUUAAGUGCUUUGGCUUUGAUAUGGAUUACACUUUAGCAGUGUAUAAGUCACCUGAAUAUGAAUCAUUAGGCUUCGAGCUGACAGUGGAACGGCUAGUGUCCAUCGGUUAUCCUCAGGAGCUCCUGAGCUUCGUCUAUGACCCAUCAUUUCCCACCAGAGGCCUUGUGUUUGAUACCAUGUAUGGAAACUUGUUGAAGGUUGAUGCUUAUGGUAAUAUCCUGGUCUGUGUCCAUGGAUUCAAUUUCCUGCGAGGCCCAGAGAUCCGUGAACGGUACCCCAACAAGUUUAUCCAGAGAGAUGAUACAGAGCGUUUCUAUAUCCUCAACACCCUCUUCAAUCUGCCAGAGACCUACCUUUUUGCUUGCCUUGUGGAUUUCUUCACCAACUGUGAUAGAUAUGACAGCUGUGAAACUGGCUUCAAAGAUGGCGACCUCUUCAUGUCCUUUAAAAGCAUGUUCCAGGAUGUCCGGGAUGCUGUUGACUGGGUCCAUUUCAAGGGUACGCUGAAGGAGAAGACUGUGGAGAACUUGGAGAAGUAUGUAGUGAAAGAUGGAAAGCUGCCUCUUCUUCUCAGCCGAAUGAAUGAAGUAUCCAAGGUUUUCUUGGCAACCAACAGUGACUACAAAUACACUGAUAAAAUCAUGACCUAUUUGUUCGACUUCCCUCAUGGCCCAAAGCCUGGCACCCCCCACCGGCCCUGGCAGUCCUACUUUGAUCUGAUCCUGGUGGAUGCCAGGAAACCGCUGUUCUUCGCAGAGGGUACAGUGCUCAGACAAGUGGACACAACAACAGGACGUCUAAAGAUAGGAACCUACACAGGACCACUGCAACAUGGGAUAGUCUACUCUGGAGGCUCUUCAGACAUUGUGUGUGACUUGCUGGGAGCCAAGGGAAAGGACAUAGUAUACAUCGGGGACCAUAUUUUUGGAGAUAUCCUCAAAUCCAAGAAACGUCAAGGCUGGAGAACAUUCCUGGUUAUACCUGAGCUGGCCCAGGAGCUUCACGUGUGGACCGACAAGAGCUCAUUAUUCGAGGAACUCCAGGGCCUGGAUGUUUUCUUGGCAGAACUCUACAAGCAUCUGGAUAGCAGCAGUAAUGAAAGGCCGGAUAUCAGCACUAUCCAGAGGAGAAUCAAGAAAGUGACACAUGACAUGGACAUGUGCUAUGGCAUGAUGGGUAGCCUGUUCCGCAGUGGCUCCAGACAGACUCUGUUUGCCUCACAAGUGAUGCGUUACGCCGAUCUGUAUGCAGCCUCCUUCAUUAACCUGCUCUAUUACCCCUUCAGCUACCUCUUCAGAGCGUCACACAUACUAAUGCCCCAUGAGUCAACAGUUGAACACACCCACGUGGACAUCGACACAGAGUCCCCGUUGGCUACCCGCAACCGCACCCACUGCAGUGACUGCAAAGAGCUAGAGUGCAAGCGCAACCAGCUGACCCGCUCAUUCAGCGAGAUCAAGCCACCCAACCUGUUCCCUCAGACUCCCCAGGAGAUCACUCACUGUCACGAUGAGGAUGAUGAUGAGGAGGAGGAGGAGGAGGAAGAAGAAGAGUAAUAUAAUAGGACCUUUAGAGGGGAGCCAUGUUCCCGUUCCUGCCUUCUUAUCUUUCCUAGUAGAGUAAAGUAGUGAUUGCUUUCAAAGGGAGGCAGAGAGGGGAAAACAUCUCCAGUGUGCAUAUGUGUGAUCACACACGCUCACACACGUACACAUUCUUGAAAUUUCUGAGGAUAAGUGUAAAGGACCAGUAGCAAAAGAGAUCAUAUGACUGUCAGAAGACUGUGCAUGCUCGGUCCUCUAAACAAAACCUGUAUGAGCUUAGUUAAAAAAGAAAACACACACAAACUUCUUGAUUUGUAAAUUCAUUUGAUUUCUGUAUAAUUCUCCCAGCAGACAGACAGAGAGCGCACACACUCAAACAGACAUCACACACCACGUUUCUUUAUCUUUUUAUAAGCUGAGUUUCAAGUCCUGCUGGUGGAUCACUUAGUUUUGGUCAUGUUUACGGUUUAAUCCACCAGGUUUGGACUUUCUACUGUAGUUUGAAGUGUAACACAGACUGACAGAAUAUGCACAUUGCUGUCACGGGGAAAACACUUUUCAGCAUAAGUGCCGAAAAAUCAGUGCAGACAUUAAACAUUUUUAUAUGCAACAUGGGAACAACAUUCAAAUUUUUUUAUCCAUUUUGUUUUAUUUGCUUGUCUUUAUAGAGCUGUAACUUGUAUGUAAGGGUAUUUCUGUGUGUGUUUCUGUCACGGUAGACUCACUCAGACUUUAGCAUCCUGAGUGACGGUAAGCAAAGAAGGUGUUGGACAAAACUGAAGCACAAGCUGGUGUCAAACUACUCGAUACCCAGAUAAAUAUCUUCUUUGACUUGUUUGGAGUUUGGUUAGGCCGUACACAAGUGAGGCUAUUGAAUUGAUGCUUUGUUACCAAGCAACAAAGAGGGCAGAGUAUCUGUAUUUUAUCCUUAGUCUCUAUGACUACCCCGAAACACAGUACUGUUUCUAUAAAUACCUGUAAGGUGAAUGAGAUGAGCUAAUUGUUCAACACCAUGAGCGGCUGUUAUGCAGUAUUUGUCAGCUUGAUUGUUUCGGAAGUAUAACUUGAGUAUUUCAUUUAUCAGAUUUUUUUAAAUUUUUUUAUUUAUUUUUUUGGUAAGGGGGGUGUACAGUACAAGGUCUUCAAGUUUGUUAUUUUGCGAAGUGUGUAAAAAAGGAAAGAGCAUGAAAGUGGAUUCGGCAUGUAAUGAAAGUAGUGUUUUCGACAAAAAACGUAAUUAAAAAGGUCUAACGAGUUUUAGCUGACUUUUAUCCACAGGUCCAGUAUUAUCAUGCCAUUCAUGGGAGGAUGAAAUAUGAACUGUGUUUACAGUAUUUUGCUAGCGGGCUUCUUAACACUACGAUGUGUUGUAGAUUGUGUUCACAGGUCAGAAAUGAGUGAAGUGCUCCAACAUUAAAUGCUUGAUUUUGCAUUUGCUCUGAUCGUUGCAACAAAAUACAAGCUUGUUAAACUUAAAGCUCCUGAAAACUUAUUCUAAAACACCUUACACACUUCGUCUUAUACAACAUGUAUUCUAUUACGCUACAGUCGGAGUAGGAAAAGCAACAUAAAAUGAUGUGGCAUGACCAAAAUGAUUGUGACUGUGUGCAGUUAACUUCCAAAUUGUUGCCUUUGAAAUGAUUUCUUCAAAAAUGGGAAUUAUGUCUGUGACCAGUCACAGUCAGUUGCCCUCUUCAAAGUGUGUUUUGUGUGUGUUUGCGAUAAAAUAGCAAAAGGAGUGAGUCUGCUAUCAGUUUGCAACAGCAGAAUGGGGUCAGUCUGUUUGUGAUGUUAUGGUGAUUUGCAAAAUCACAAAUCUGUUGCAAAUUUGUUUUCUGUUUGCAUACGCAGAAAUUCAUAUUAACUACUUGCAUCCAGAGUCCAGUCAGAGCCUCAUAGAAAUUCAGAAAUUCUUCCACAAAUGGUGGCAUAGUUGCUGCAGGAUAGCGAUUGAAAUGCAAAAUGACAUAAGCACUCUGCAACCUUGCUUGUUAUAUGGGAAUAUAAACAGAAUACAACCAGCUGGUAACCAGCUGAGUCAUGUCUUGGAAAGAAAUGCGCUCAGAUUGAUUGCAACAUGUUGACUCUAGUUAUUUGAGAACCUUCAGUCCACGUUGGACCACAAACGUUUGGAGGCAGGUUGCAUUUACGCAGUCACUGUGUGAUUGCUAUGAAGCUGUUAAAGACUUCAUAGCUUGAAUAACUGAAACAGCUUGUGUUAUGUGGACUUUUCUGCUUAGGUUUAUUUUUCUUUAAAAAAAAUCCUAAAUGGAAAAACAGAAUUUUUGAAUCGAUAUCAAAAGUUUUAUUUUAUUUAAUUUUUUUAAACUUGGUUGAGGUGGUUUAGUAGGGGUUAUGAUAAAAUGCAUUUAAAAUGCACACACAAACUUAACUAAUGACCAAACUACCCACCAGCUGCCAUUGGAAUUUAUUAUAAAUGCAUGUUUGUCUAAACUAAUUGGUUUAAAAAGUUAAUGACGCCCCUGCUAGUUAAAUGUCUCGUUUUUAAAAAGAAUUUUGAAAGAAAAAAAUCUUGCUUUAAAUUAUUAAAACUGUUCAGAUUUUGUUCAUACUGGGCUCUGCUGAUCAUCGAGAAAAGGUUUUCAGGAUCUUUAAUGCAGAUGUCAGUGGCAUCAGUGUUCGUACACACAAGGUAGAGUGCUGCCUCAUAUUAUUUUUUUCAAACACAGCAACUUUUUUUUUUUCCCUUUUCCCACCAUCCACUAAAAGCAACGUUAAACUGCCUCACAUUUUUAAAGUCUCGACCUCUUCUGUUGGUCUUCAGUGUGUUGGAUCGGCCUGUUGAUUUAGGCCGCAAAAAGGGAAGGAACGUGCCGUUUAGUUUUUGGAAUGUUCUUUGGUUUGGCUUGAUGUGGAGUGAGUAGUGGUGAAUGUGCUUAAUGCGUUGGAUAAAACCAUGUUGAACAUAUAUGAACAUAUUACAGCUGUUUAGGCUUUGUUUUUUUUUUUUUUUUUUUUACAAGUGAAAUAUUUAUAUUUUAUGUUCUGAUGUUUGUUUCUUGAACAUAGAAUAACUGGAUAUGCUACAUGAUGCAGCUGCAUUGCCAACGGGGAAGAGGUGACUGUCUUUGCAUCAUUUCAUGUGAAAAUAACAACAAUAUCCGCUCUGCUGUGGCCGUUACGGUAGCAUCAGUUUGACUUCUAUGUGAGGCUGCUGUCGGUGUAGUUUAUACAGAGAGGAUAGAAAGAAAAAAAAAAACUGUAAGCCUGCAAAAAAAAAAAAAAAAAUCUUAAAAUGAAGGGAAAUGUGACUAGCAUGUUAAGUAUCAUAACUAAUUUGUUACUUGUCAUCAGCAUCAUGGGAUUUUUACUUUUCUAAGCUAGUGUUUUCCAAUGGUCUCUAUUUACAGAACUGUAAAUAGACCUUGCCAUUUCCUUUUCAUAUGAUUUUCUUUUAAAAAUAUAACUUUUUUUUUUUUUCAUUUUUAUACAGUAUCUCAUAAACCUGUCACUACGACUUGGAACUAACUAAAGACUGGUGAAUAGGUUACAGUGCUUUAGAAGAUUUUUAUCUUGUGUUGUGAUGCCCAGAAUGCAUCUGUAUUAACAGGUGCAAGAACGCCACUGUUCAUUUUCUAACCUUUAGUAAACUUUUGUUUUUAUGCAUAUCAAUUUAUGUUCUUCUGAACAGUGUUUUGUGUGUUUCCACAAAUUAUCCUUUAGACUGUACAUUGAAGUAAAUUACAUAAAAAUGUAGAAUAAAGAUAGUUUGUAAUA